CGGCGAAUGCCGACGGAACCGGCCGAUCUCCCGCGAUCGUGAUCCGUCACGUCUGGGUGCGCGCAUAAAACGACGGCGAGCGCGAGUUGUCUUCUCCCAUAUCCAUCUCACCGAAACUAUAAUGGUCCAAACGAAGAACAAGGUCUGCCUGAUUGUCCACGAUGGCUGGGGCAUCGCGGAGAAGGAGGGCAUUAAGGGCAACGCCAUCGAGGCUGGCGACACGACCAACAUGGACACGAUUGCAAAGGAGCACUUCUUCCGCAAGCUCUACGCGCACGGCACUGCCGUCGGCCUUAGCGAGGGGCUCAUGGGCAACUCCGAAGUCGGACACCUGAACAUCGGCGCUGGACGCAUCGUCUGGCAGGACAUUGUGCGGAUUGACGUCGCGAUCAAGAAGCGGGAGUUCCACAAGAACCCCGCGAUCCUCGAUAGCUUCAAGCGUGCCAAGGAGGGCAACGGGCGGUUGCACCUGCUCGGCUUGGUCUCCGACGGUGGUGUGCACUCCCAUAUCAACCACCUGUUUGCGUUGCUGGAGACGGCGAAGGAGGUCGGCGUGCCGCACACAUAUGUGCACUUCUUCGGUGAUGGACGCGACACCGCGCCGCGCUCGGCGUCCAAGUACGCGCAGCAGCUGCUCGACUUCAUGAAGAAGGAGAAUUACGGCGAGCUGGCGACGAUCGUCGGCCGCUACUACGCGAUGGACCGCGACAAGCGCUGGGAGCGUAUCAAGAUCGCCGUUGAUGGGCUCACGAAGGGCGAGGGCGAAGUCAGCACUGCUGCCAUUGACACUGUGGAGGCGAACUACAAGAAGGACGUGACGGACGAGUUCUUGAAGCCCAUCAUUGUCGACGGUGACGAGGGCCGUAUCAAGGACCAUGACACGCUGUUCUUCUUCAACUACCGCUCUGACCGUAUGCGCGAGAUCGUUACUGUCUUCGGCCUUCCGGACAAGCCGAUCGAGCUCGACAUCCCGAAGGACUUGCACAUUACUACUAUGUCCAAGUACAACCCCGAGUUCACCUUCCCUGUCGCCUUCCCGCCCCAAAAGAUGACCGACGUCCUUGCCGAGUGGCUCGCGAAGCAGGGUGUUCACCAGGCGCACAUCGCUGAGACCGAGAAGUACGCGCAUGUCACAUUCUUCUUCAACGGCGGUGUCGAGAAGCAGUACGAGAACGAGGAGCGGUUCAUGAUCCCGUCGCCCAAGGUGCCCACCUACGACAAGCAGCCCGAGAUGAGCGUCCAGAGCGUAGCCGACAAGGUCGCCGAGGUCGUCGCGUCGCAGAAGCACGAGUUCGUGAUGUGCAACUUCGCGCCGCCGGACAUGGUCGGGCACACGGGCGUGUACGACGCGGCGGUGAAGGCGAUCGGCGCGACGGACAAGGCGGUGAAGACGGUGUACGACGCGUGCCAGAAGGCGGGGUACGUGCUGCUCGUGACCGCGGACCACGGGAACGCGGAGCAGAUGCUGAACCCGGACACGGGCGCGCCGCACACGGCGCACACGACGAACAAGGUGCCCUUCAUCAUGGCGGGGGAGAAGAAGGGGAUCGAGGGCGUGCAGGGCUUCAAGGAGGACGAGGAGCUGGGCGAGGAGGGCGGCGCGCUGUGCGAUGUGGCGCCGACGGUGUUGGAUCUGCUGGGGUUGCCGCAGCCGGAGGAUAUGACGGGGCGUUCGUUGUUGAAGAAGAGCGCGUGAGCGUAGGGUUGCUUGAGGAUGCAUGGACGCAGAAGUAUAGAAUCUUGUAAGACCACAAUAGAGUAGAUACUGACGGAUUAAUGUGCUUGAUAGAGGAGUAAAUGAUGUAUGAAUACUGUUGAAACUCAAGCGUUGUCAAUGAGAAUCACGAAGCCGAAGAGGGCAAGGGAA